AUGUUGAAAUAUGUUGCAAAGAGGCCUAGGAGUUCAAUUGAAUCGUCUAGUGUUCCAGAUGAAGAGUCUACUCCUGCACCACAACCACCACCAUCUCCUCCUUCUCCUCCGCAAAUUUUAUCUGAAAAUAUUGAAAAUCUGAAUACUGAAGUAGAAAUUGUUGUUGAUCCUGGUUUACGAAAAUUGAUUGAAGAGUAUGAUGUUGGUGCUAGAGAUCGUAUUCGAAAAGAAUAUGUUGCUAUGGGCCCUUGUCAACCUCGAGGCCAUAAUUUUCUAAGAAAAAAAUGGGUAAAGACAAUAGAUGUUUCAGAGAGACCUAGUAAUAUAGGGUUUGGAGGAGAUGAUGUGUUUACGAGAUCUGGUUUCAUAAAUUGGAAAAAAGCAAUUGAAAAAUUCAAUGAGCAUGUAGGUGGAGUUGGUAGUGCGCACAAUGAGGCAAGAAUACAGUUUGAGGGUUUCAAGAAUCAAAGACAAAGUGUGGAGUAUUCAUUUUUAUCAGGGAAACAUGAGCUUGAAGUUGCUUAUCGCAAACGCUUCACUUCCAUUUUAAAAGUAAUUCGAUUUUUGUUGUUACAAGGAUUGCCUUUUCGGGGACAUGAUGAGUCUUCGACAUCAUCCAAUAGAGGAAAUUUUUUAGAAUUGCUCAAAUGGUAUAGCUCAGAGUGUCCAGAAGUUGCGGCAGUUGUUGGAAUGAAUGCACCUGGAAAUAAUCAAAUGAUUGCCCCAAAAAUUCAAAAGCAAUUGGUGAAUGCUUGUGCAGUUGAGACCACAAAUGCUAUUCUAGCUGAUCUUGGAGAUAUGUGGCUCACUUUACUACUUGAUGAGGCUCGUGACUGUUCAGUGAAAGAGCAAAUGACAGUUGUUAUUAGAUAUGUGAACAAACAUGGAGAGGUGAUUGAACGAUUUAUGGCUGUAGUUCAUGUUGCAACAACUACAGCUGCUUGUUUGAAGGAGGUAAUUGACUCUUUAUUUGCUAAGUAUGGUUUGUCAGUGGCGAGAUUGAGGGGUCAAGGAUAUGAUGGUGCUUCAAAUAUGUCUGGAGAAUUUAAUGGCUUAAAGUCACUGAUAAUGAAAGAAAAUCCGUAUGUAUUGUAUGUUCAUUGUUUUGCUCAUCAACUCCAGCUAGUGGUUAUAGCUGUUGCUCAAGCAAAUCAAUAUGUUUGUGAUUUCAUGUGGAUUGUUGGUUCGAUUGUGAACACAUCUGUAUCAUCUUGCAAAAGGGCCGACAAACUUCGACAACUUGAACAUGACAGAAAAGUUAAACUUCUUGAAAGAGGAGAGAUUAGUUCUGGUAGAGGACUAAACCAAGAAACUAGUCUAGCUAGACCUGGAGAUACACGAUGGGGGUCUCAUCAUUCAACUUUAUGUCGUAUUGAACAAAUGUGGCCAUCUGUUAUAGAGGUUCUUCAAAAUUUGAUUGAUGAUGGUGAUUGUUCUUCUAAGGGUUUAAGUAGAACUUUGGUUGAAAGAAUGGAGAGGUAUGAAUUUGUGUUUAUUCUACUAUUGAUGAAACGUAUAUUGGUUAUCGAUAUUAUUCUACAGGAGAUGGAUAGUCGUUUCUCUGAAACAACUACAGAUUUGUUAAUUUAUAUGUCAUGUCUUGAUCCUAGGAACUCGUUCUCUAGAUUUGAUGUACAGAAAUUAGUGCGUCUAGCUCAUUUUUAUAAGAAUGAUUUUUCUUGGAGUGAGCGUAUGUUGGUUGAACAAGAGCUUGAAACAUAUAUUGAUGACGUCAGAUCAGAUGAACAGUUUGAAGGCAUUUCAGAUUUGGGAGCUCUUGCAAAGAAAAUGAUUGAAACAAUGAAGAACCGUGUGUUUCCUUUGGUUUAUCGGAUGAUUGAGCUAGCCUUACUUCUUCCAGUUGCUACUGCAACCGUUGAAAGAGUGUUUUCGGCAAUGAAUAUUGUCAAAACAGAUUUGCAAAAUAGGAUUGGAGAUGAAUGGAUGAAUGAUAGUUUGGUAGUCUAUAUCGAGAAAAAUGUUUUUAAUAUUGUCGACAAUGAGCCAAUUUUAUAG